UAUGUUUUAUUGAAAAUGUGUUCAGUUCAGUUCAGAUAUCUAUAUCUCAAAGUUCUACUAGUAUAUACACAUAUACAAAUAUAUAUCAGUAAUAUAGAGCUAAUAUAUGAGCACGGGCAUCCAAGCAGUCCAGGCGGGAUUCCUCAGGGCCACGCAGAGGCCAUUUCCCUCGGCGGCGACCCUUUCGAGACCAAGGCCGAACGGUGGCCAGAUCUCCGGGUACGGAAGGCCUCAAACGAGCAGCCGCGGUCGACGAGGUCCACUUUAUACGGGCCCGGAAGCUUUCAGCGUCCACCAAUGACAGGAACAAGCGACAGAAAAGGAUCUGAUAAUGGAAACACGAAGAAGGGGGUAAAGAAGAGUAUCGGGGACAAGGCAGGCGGCGACCGACAGAAGCAGUCUCCAGGUAAGAGUGAGUCAAGCAAGAAAAGAACACGAAAACGAAAGGAAAAGAGAGCAAAGGCAAAGAAAAAACAACAAAAGAGGAAUAAUAAGGUUAAUAAGAAGACACCCAAAAAGGGUAAAUCGAAAAUGGAUUCCCAGAACAACAAUACUGCAAAACAUAGAGGUAAAAAAGCUAAUUCCCAAAAACGUAACAAAGAACAAAGCAACAAGAAAGCAAGGGAACCAAAAGAAGAAAGAGGAAAGAAGGUAAAGAAAAAAUCACUCAAAAAGAAAACAGGCAAGUCAAACGCAAAAAAGCCAAAAGAUAAAAUCAAGGUUUCAAACACAAAACCGAAAAUACGACAGGUAUCAGACGAGAGCUGUGACUCCAGCACCAAGGUCGGCGCGGGCGAGGUGGUCGCCGUCGAGGGCCCCGGCAGCAGAAGGGCGGUCGAGUGCAAACACACGAUUCGGACACGCAAGGGCAACACGUUGAAAAUGACCUGCCCGAGAUUCAGCCUGUCGCCAGGGCGCUGCAAGGACGAGAAGGUCGUCAUCAAGGAGAUCGGAAAAGGCAAAUUCAAAAAGAAGUAUUGCAAGGGUGAAAUUCCUGGCGAGGACGUGAGCGAAGCGGCCUUAAGGGCGGUGACCUUCGUGCACCGGAGGGCCAAGCUGAAGGGCAAGCAGUGCGCCGUCGGGUUUCUGUGCCUCUUUUCGGCGUCUGAGAUUUCUGGCAAAGUGAGCGAAUGUGGGGGGAAAUACAAGCUACAAGAAGGGGAGUCGAUGGUCGUGGCUCCGGCGACGUUUGCGGAUAAGGUUUCGUGCAAAUACACCUUCAAGAGCCCGCCGGGUUCGACCCUUGCCCUCAGUUGCCCUUCCUUCAAUCUCAAUGAACGAGGCUGUGGACGCGAGCGGGUCAUCGUCAGAGAGAAAAAGGCUAAAUAUAAAAAGAAGUUUUGCAAAACAAGCAAUCCAGCGAAAGAGCACGGCCAAACGACCUCUAACAGCUUCACAUUCACUCACAAGAGGAAGAAACUCAAGGAUAACGACUGUGAGAGAGGAUUCUGGUGCCAAGUGUCAGUUGCGAAAGUAUCACCAACAAUAACAGAGCCACCCACUACAGUGAAGCCAGUUGCAGAAACAAUGGCUGUAGCAACAACUUUAAGUAUGACAGCACCUAUAAAUGAUAAACCAACAACAGGGCAAUUUAUAACUGUGAUACCAACUGCAGGGCAACCCACAACUGCUAAGUCAACCGUAGGGCAAUCUAUAACUGUUAAACCUACCACAGAGCAACCUGUGAUUAAUAAACCAACUGUAGGGCAGCCUGUUACUGAUAAGCCAACCUUUGAGCAACUUGUAACUGCUAAGCCACCUAUAGGGCAACCUGUUAGUAAUACGCCAGCUAUAACUGAUAACCCAGCUGUAGAGCAACCUGUGACUAGUAGCAUAACUGUAGGGCAACCUUUAAUUGUUAAUCCAACCAUAGGGCAAUCUGUGACUGAGCAGCCAACCACAGGGCUGCCUAUUACUGAUAAGCCAACUAUUGGACAACCAAUGACUGAUGAGCCAUCAAUAGGGCAGCCUGUCACCGAUAAGCCAUCUCUAAAUACUCAGUCAAGUCAAGAACCAACUACGAAGCCAAAUUCCCAAAAUACUUCACAGCCAACCAAUAGCCAAGUUCAGGGAAUUAUAACAACAAUCUCAAUUCCUCAAGACAAGUCAACCAACGACCAACUGUUGACUGUUAAGCCAACCGCAGAACAAUCUACAACUAUGAAGCUUAUUACAGGGCAACCUGUAACUGUUAUCCCAACUACUGGGCAAUCUCUGACAGAAAUGCCAAUAUUAGGACAACCUGUAACUGAUAAGGCAACCGUAGGCCAACCUACAACUGACAAGUCAACCAGCAGUGAUCCAGUAACUGUUAAAAUAACCAUAAAGGAAAAUCUGACAAAUAAGCCAGCCGCAGAGCAACUUGUCACCGAAGAGUCGUCGAAGCAGGUCGUGACUGUAAACCCAACGAUAAUGGAAGAGUCAACCACAGGCUUACGGACAAUUCCACCGAAUCAAGAGUCACCUUCAAUGCCAAACCCCCCGAGCGCAACAAGUGCAACACAAUCAACUACAGAUACGCAAGGGCCGACAUCGACAACAGAGCCACCGACGUCUGUGCAGUCUACAGUCUCAAAGGGAACGUCAGCACAGCUUUCAACGCCGAAACAAACACUUACACAACCACCUGCAUCAACACAGACAAAUUCAGAACCUCCAGUCUCGACACAGACAUCCGUGCAGCCUCUAACACCGACAAAGGUAUCAGUUCAACCUUCACAAACAUCAAAAUCACCACAGCCAUCAACGCAGUCUGCAACUUCGACAAAAACACCAACGCAAAUCACGACGUCGACACAGACAUCGACACUAACUACGACGUCGACACAGACAUCGACACUAACUACGACGUCGACACAGACAUCGACACUAACUACGACGUCGACACAGACAUCGACACUAACUACGACGUCGACACAGACAUCGACACUAACUACGACGUCGCCACAGACAUCGACGCAACCUGUAACGUCAUCCCAGACAUCACCGCAGACUUCUACGCAACGAGAAACCUCAACCAGCACCACUGCAAUUGCAUUCCAAACAAGAAUUUUCUGCGAGACGUGUGGGUCGGGCCCUUCCGCCUCGGGUGCGAGGGUCGUGGGGGGGCAGGACGUCGCGAUCGGGGAAUACCCCUGGAUGGCGCUCGUUUACGUGAGUCGCAGCAGCGGGAAAGUUUCGAUCUGUGGCGCCUCCCUCAUCAAGUCUCGGUGGCUCUUGUCUGCGGCUCACUGCUUCUAUAACGUUGGGUACAACUUGGUGGCGGUAUUCCUUGGCGACCACGAUAUCACGAGUAACACGGAAGUGCCCACUACCGUCGGAUCCGUCAAGAGCAUUGUCUUACACCCGCAGUAUGACCCUGAAACGUUCGACAACGACGUGGCGCUGAUCGAGCUCCAGGCGGACGUCGCGUUCACGCCGCUCAUCGCGCCCGUGUGCCUGGCGGCGCCCGAAGACGUGGAGGAUGCGACGAAGGCCGUCGUCACUGGCUGGGGCGACACGUCCUUCGGAGGCGACCUCUCCCCGGUGCUGCAGGAGGUGGAGCUCGACCUCAUUUCCAACGCCGAGUGUCGGGACUUCUUCCAGCAGACGACUCUCACCAUCACCGACAACAUGAUGUGCGCCUACACGGAGGGCAAGGACGCAUGUCAGGGCGACAGCGGCGGGCCCCUGGUGAGGCAGCUCGCCGACGGCCGCUGGGUCCAGCUGGGCGUCGUCAGCUUCGGCGUCGAGUGUGCCAAGGUCGGCAGCCCCGGCAUCUUCACGCGCGCGAGCCUCUACGUCGACUGGAUCAUCAACGUCACGGCGUCGGACAGCUGUUAGGACGCAUGGCGGAGCAGGAUGUGGCAAGAGAUAGCACUUCUGCUGCUCCUUGUCGCCCGGACGAGGGCUGGCCAGAUCAUCGGGAACUGUGAGUUGUAGACACACGGUAAUUUCACGCUCGCUCUUAUUGAUGCUUGUAUAUCAUUGAUCUUCUUUAAAGCAAGUGUAUUAAUGCAGAUCUGCGAGCUUACCCCCUUUCAUCGGAUUUGAAGAUUAUCUUUUUAGAUCAUUCGGGAUCAUUAGUCAUUUACGGAUUUAGACUGAGACAGGCGCUUCACCGAAUACCAGCACAUUGUUUUGUAGGGUAUGGUACCCAGAGAGUACAAAGUGCUGAUAAGCUGAUAACUAAUCGGUUGAGGUUUUGAUAAAUGGUAAUUGGUAAUGCUUCAGUAAUGUUUAUUUAACAUAUGAUUAUAUCAUUUCAACCAAAGAACACAUAACACCACCUGUCCUAAUACAUACCCCAUACACGUGUCCUUUCCUAGCAUGGUUCGACUAUUACACCACAAUCCUGCGUGCCUCUGUGAUCGACCUCACGACGGAUCAGCUGACGUUCCACCUGAACGCCCUGCUGGAGAGGUUCCCGUUCCCGCAUCCCGAGGACCACAUCCACCGCGCC